AUGGAAUAUUGUGGAGGUCAUUGAAAACCAUGUGUGUAAAGAGCUUGUCAGAAGAAAACAGUAUCAAUUUCUGACUCCUGUGGAUGCUCUGCUUUUCCAGCAAAUGAACUUUGAGGAACAUUGACCAGUGCUUAUAAUUCUAAUAUCAUGGCUCACGGUUUGGUAACGUUCAGAGAUGUCGCUAUUGACUUUUCUCAGGAAGAAUGGGAAUACUUGGAUUUGCAUCAGAGAAAUUUAUACCGAGAUGUGAUAUUAGAGAACUACAACAACUUGGUGUCACUGGCAGGAUGUUCCCUUUCUAAACCACAUGUGGUUACUUUAUUGGAGCAAGGUAAAGAGCCCUGGAUGGCUGGGAAGGAAAAGAAACUAAGGUGGCGCAUAGAUUUGGAAUCCAAAUAUGACACUAACAAAUUACUUCAAGAAAAAGACAUUUUUGAAAUGAAUUUAUCCCAGUGGAAGAUAAAGGAAAGAAUUAAAAAGCCUGGUCUUGAGGAUGCCUUUGUUGGCAAAGAGAGUGAAUUUAAAAUGAAUUUUGAGGGGCAUAAAUGUGCUCAAGAGAUAUAUUUUGGGCAAAUGAAAACCACCUGUGAAAAAAUGCCCAAAUUCAAAAAACGUGCAACUUUUACUCAAUAUCAAAGAAGUAAUAAUAGAGAGAAACCAUAUGAAUGUGAGGAAUGUGGGAAGGCUUUUAGAGUACGCAAACAACUUACUUUCCAUGAGCAAAAACACACUGGAGAGAAGCCAUAUGAAUGUAAAGAAUGUGGGAAAACCUUUCGACAGUAUGCACACCUUAGUCGACAUCAGAGAAUUCAUGCUUCUGACAAAAUCUAUGAGUGUAAAAAAUGUGAAAAGAUCUUUAUGUGUGGGCCAGACCUUCGGGCACAUCAGAAAAUUCAUACUGGUGAGAAUCCAUAUGAAUGUAAAGAAUGUGGGAAAACCUUUCAAGUGCGAGGACAACUCAGUCUCCAUCAAAGGGUUCAUACGGGUGAGAAACCUUAUGAUUGUAAGGAAUGUGGGAAAGCUUUUAGACAGUAUGCACAUCUAACUCGACAUCAAAGACUCAAUGUUACUGAGAAGUGCUAUGAAUGUAAAGAAUGUGGGCAGACUUUCCUGUGUAGCACAGGCCUUAGAAUACAUCACAAACUUCAUACUGGCGAAAAACCUUAUGAGUGUCAGGAAUGUGGGAAGACUUUUAACCGUGGAUAUCAUCUAACUGUCCAUCAGAGAAUUCACACUGGUGAAAAACCUUAUGAAUGUCAGGAAUGCCAGAAAUUCUUUCGUCGUUAUUCCGAACUUAUCUCACACCAGGGUAUUCAUAUUGGAGAGAAACCUUAUGAAUGUAAGGAUUGUGGGAAGGCCUUUAGACUCUUUUCACAGCUUACUCAACAUCAGAGUAUUCAUUUUGGUGAGAAACCUUAUAAAUGUAAAGAAUGUGAGAAGACCUUUAGGUUGCUCUCACAACUUACUCAGCACCAGAGUAUCCACACUGGUGAAAAACCGUAUGAUUGUAAGGAAUGUGGGAAGGCCUUUAGACUUUAUUCAUCUUUUAUUCAACAUCAGAGAAUUCAUUCUGGUGAGAAACCUUAUGAAUGUAAGGAAUGUAAGAAAGCGUUUAGACAACAUUCGCACCUUACUUACCAUCAGAGAAUUCAUAAUGUAAUUUAGUAAGUUUAAGAAAAUCUUCUGUUUUGAAUUUUGUGUUAAGGAGCAAGAGAAAUUCUAGAAGAAAAGUAUUUGACCAUAUGAAUCCCUUUUACUUUAAUUUUAACGAACCCACCAGAAGUUUUAUUUAAAGGAAAAAUUGUGUUAAUGCCUAUAAAGCUUUCUAUCACCUCUCAAGCCAUGUUACAAAAUUCAUUCUGAAAAAAUAAAUAUCUUGAGUUUGUAUUAAAGAGA